AUGGCGAAUCCAGUUAAAAUUGGAUAUUACGAUCCAUUUGGUAUAUAUCCAUUGAUUAAAGAUGAGCUCAAAAAGAUAUCACCUAUACUGAGCCUACACAUACGGUUUCACCCUUCACAACCAUUGAAAACAACCCAUGAUUUGCCAAUUGGAUUCACAGAAGAGAUUCCCAAAAAAUCAGACUCAUCUUUUUUGGAAAAUCACAAUGUCUAUGCCAGACUAAUGCUUAUAAAAAUUGAAUCAUUGGACAAGUAUCGUACCCAAGUAAGGCCGUUAAUCAAAGAAUGGUUGAAGACUCUUGUGUUCAAUGGAAAAGUGAACGCUUCUUCUCCAUCAUGGAUGAUUCUACUAUAUGUUCCCUCGGACGCCAAAGAUAAACUGUCCACAAUUAUUAAAAUGUCUCACUAUGACAAAUUAUUGAAAGAUUUUAGUAACGAAGGAGGUAAAGAAUUAGUAGCUUUAUUUUCUGAGUCGGCUUCGUCUAGUGCAUCUGUUGGUGUCCAGAGCAAUGAAUCAAUGGGGUACUGUUUUAAACUCAAGCAGAAUGAAUUUGAGUUGAACGAAUUUCUUGUCCAGAUCAAAAAUUUGUUGGGGUUUACAUUUAACCAAAAGUACCAUUUGAAUCUGGAUUUGAUAACGACUAGUGGUGAUGACGAAAAGAAUACAUUGACAAAAUACGUGGCAACUUAUAAUCUAGCCGAAUUGUUUUAUGAUAUGAAGCUAUUCAAUGACUGUAUCAACUUUUUCAAUAGGUUAUCUGAGCAAUUAAACAAUUUAGUCGAGCACAACCCAGAUUUAUUUAAUUAUAAAGUUGACUUACCAGCUGAGGUUUUCUCAAAUGAUUUUGAUUUUAAUGAGUUUUACAACAGAAAAUGUCAACAUAUACAUGAUGCCAACUCGUUUGCCAAUGUGAAUCUAUUUGAAUUGAAGUGCUUUAUAUUUUUCAGACAGGCAUCAACACUUGAGAUGUUGGCUACUAAUAACUUUAAAACUUCAAUCUCCUUAGCAGAAUUACAAAUUUCCAAGCUUUUUAGAAAUUUGGUACUUUUUUUAAAUGAUUUAUUACAGAUAUUUCACAAUGAACAAGUAUUGAUAGAAUUUGAAUAUUCAAUAAUCGAGUAUUUCUUGAGUUUAGAUAUAGUCAAUAAGCUUAUCGAGCAAGGUACAAAAAUUCAUGAAGCAGAACCAGCAAACAACAACAAUUCGCACCAACUAAAAAGAAUGUUCGAGUCAAGAGGGGAACUAAAACUACUACAAAGAUCCAGCUUGAGCAAAUUGGCACAGAAGAAUAGCAUUGAAAUUAAAGGCUUAGAUCAGGUUUUUGAAGACGUGUCACUUGACGAGGAAGAAGCAUUGAAAGAACAUAGAGAUUCGACAAAGGAAACCAAAUUAGACUUAAGUCAUCCAAAGCUAUUACAGGCAUUACAAAAUAAAAAUGCAUUCAUUGAUGAGUUUACAAAACUUACCGAAGGAAUUCUUGAAGAUUUUAUGGGCUGUGACAGAUCAAAAACUAUCGAUGUAUUAUCCAUUGAUUUAGCCAUAUUAAACUAUGAGAAGGGAAAUUAUAGUGAGUGUUUGGAAAUUUUACGUGACUCUUACGACUUCUUCAUUCAGAAUGGAUGGAAUUAUUUGGGUGGUAUAUUACUAGAAAUCUAUUAUGGAUGUAUGGAGAAAACCAAAUCUACCAACUAUGAAGAAAUAUUGAGUACUUGUCUAAAACUAUUGUCAUGUUUAGAGGGUAACCACACUGAUAUCAAUUCGUUUAGAUUAAUUAAUAAUAAGUUACAGAUAAAGAAAUUAUUUGACAGAAUUGAAGUUUAUGCAAAUAAGCUAGAUUCCACAAAGAGAUUCGAAAAGUCUUUGAAUCAAUUCUUCAAAACCGAUAUAAUUCCUUACAUAAAUGCCGAUGAGUCAACUUCUAGGGAUAAGUAUUUAAUCCGGUUGAAAAUUAAAAACCCCUUUUCCUUGGCGUUUGUAUUUAAACAUGUGGAGUUGAUCAUAGUAGACGAAGAAGGGUCAGAAAUAGUGUUUCAAGCUGAUAAUGUUGAGAUUACGGAAAAAUUAGAUAACACUAUUCAACUAUCAACUAAUAAUUUCAUAUUGGGAUCCUUUUCGCCGUACCGCUUGACAAUCCAAUUUUAUAACAGUUUAUUUUUGAUUUUAGACUACGGAGAAAAAGAAUUACAAAUGAGCCAUGCUUCAUUUUUAAGUGAUACAGUGAUUGAACAUAAUAAUAAUAAUAAUGUGUUUGAUUAUGAGGGCCUGAACACGUUGCCUUUAUUUAAACCAAGACACGAGAAAACACUUUUAGCUUAUCAGAAUAUUAAUAAAUUGACUGCACAGUUUUGUUGCGCUAAUGACUUGAAAUUAGGCUCCACAGAAGUUGUUCUAAAGAUCAAAAGUGGAAGCAAUCCUAUCAGUGAUAUUAGAAUAAAAAUGUUUUCGACGACACCAGGGCUAACAAUAGUAGAGCCUGAAUUGGAAAUCAGUGAACUUGACUCACAAGAAACUCGAACAUUUUUAAUUCCUUACACUUACGUCAGGUCAGUCAAUAAAAUAAUUAAUAUGAGAGCUAAGAUCGAAUAUAAUGUUGAUGGUGAAGAGCAAUACAGUUUCCAAGUUUCGUAUAACAUAGAUACUGCGCUAACUGUGUCGGUUACUGUCCAAGACAUAUUCAAGCGGGAUUUUAUAUACUCAAAGUUUCAAGUUGGCACAUCUAAUCCCAAAUACCCAAUUAGGAUCAUCAACAAUGAUUUAACCACAGAGUCAAAUUAUGAAAUUAUCAAACCAAGCAGGUUUCUGUCAUAUGAUAUUAUUGCAUUUGGUGAACAACCAAGUAAUUUCUUUUACAAGAUCAAACCUAAAAGCGAUGAAGUGUACCUAAAUGAUACGUUGAACUUGACAGUUGACUACACAAACUUGCAAGAAGAAUGUGAAGAGUAUGUUUCAAAAGAGAUAAUUCACUGUUUGGAGCACAAUCAAUUGGUCAAGUAUUGGUAUUUGAUUAAGGAUAUUAUUGUCACUAAACUAAAGUUUGAUUUAAACGGAUUUGCAGUGUACAAAACAAUCAAAUUCUUGAAUGGGUUAGAAUUGAAUCUAUUAGCAGAGAGAAUUGUUUUGCAAUAUGUGGAAAAUUCAGUGGAUCAAAAGAAUUUGCUUAAAUUAAUGCUGAAUAUACUCGUGAAUCAUAACUUUGAAACAUCUUUAGACUCCUAUGAGUACAAUAAUGUUCUUCAUUUACACAUUUCGGUUCCAGUCCCCGUUUUGAAGUAUUUACAGAUUGUUGAAUAUCAAUAUGAUAAAAAACAGUACACUGUAGGAGAGCCUAUCAAUGUCAAUUUGAAAAUCAAUACUAUAAUAAGAUGGUCCCCUAAAGAUCAAGAUCAUGAAUUCGACUACAGUGAAAAUCAAUCACAACCUCUUGCUGUAUCAUCACCACAAAGAAAUAAGAGUAAGAAUAGCAAUGAAAAUAUGGAUAAUUCCACACCAGUUGUAACCAAGGACCAAUUUCAAUUAGUCAUACAACAAGAUGAUAAUUGGUUAAUGUCAGGGUUCAGACGUUUUACAUUUAGUGGUGGACAAGAGACAACUAAACAAUUGACUUUAAUUCCAUUAAAUGUUGGUAAGAUACCGUUGCCUCAAGUGGUAAUUAAAGAAUUGGCUGAUGGUGUAAACCCUAUAAAUGAUGAUGACGAUGAAGAAGAAAAUGACAGUGAUGAUUUAGAUAUUGAAUUCAUCAACGGAUUGGAAACCAUUUUAGUUAUACCAGAAGUAAAUAGCAUUACUUUUUCAUUCUAG